CACGGGUUCCGGCUUGAAUUGAACAGGAGACUUCCAGGCGCCAGCUCAGAUUCAGGAGGCAAAGUCUUGGAGGCCAGCCUGCCACCCCACCCCCUCUGUGGCUCUGUUGGCCAGGACUUUGGCCUAGGACGGAGGAGCUGCCUGAUAUGGAAGGAGGGGGCCUCAGAGCUAUAAAGCUGGCCAGCCCACUGGAGUUAGCGAGGAUAGUCCCUUCCUGCCCAUCACAUUCAGGUCCCAGACAGCAUGGGGGCGCGGUUCUUCCUGACUCUAUUCCUGGUCCUCCUGGUGUUGGGAACCGAGGUCCAGGGGACCCAGGAAGAUGAUCCAGGCAGCCCGGCUCUGCUGAACACGAUGCAGGAGUCCUUUUUAAGUUACUGGAGCUCUGCCAAGGCGGCUGCCGAAGGCCUAUACCAGAAGACAUACCUGACCAGCGUGGAUGAGAAACUCAGGGACAUGUACAGCAAAAGCUCGGCAGCCGUGAGCACUUACGCAGGCAUUUUCACGGACCAGCUCUUUUCUCUCCUGAAAGGAGAGUAGCUGCUACGUAAGCCCCAAGUUAGGGGAAAAGAAAACCCGGACACCCCGCCUCUGCUUUCAUCACCUGACCAGGAUGGUUCUACACCGCCCUGUCCCAGCAGCUCCCGCUUUCUCCCUCCCAACUCUAGACCAAGUUCUUUCAGUGAAAGAAUAAAUGAGUCCAGGUUCA